UCCUAAUGCUAUAACUAUUGAAAAUCGCUGAGCUCUUAACCACUUGCUCGGGUUCUUCUUGGUGUGUUACUGACUUUUUAAAGAAUUUUACUUUGAAAGUGUAUUUAUGACAUUAUUUUAUUUAAAUUUUUGACAGGUUUUUUCUAAAGUUGGGACUGGAGUAUGGAGGACGCGAGUGGUAAAAUAUUUAACGUUCUUCUUUUCCUCACCAUUUCUGUUCAACUUUCAUUGGCAGAAAGACACAGUCUGCAGUACCUCUACACGUCCAUCACGGCGGGAAUAAAUUUCCCAAAUUUUACAGCUGUUGGUCUGGUGGAUGGAGAGCAGUUCAUGUACUAUGACAGCAACAUCAGCAAGGCAGUCCCAAAGACAGAGUGGAUAAAUACGUGCAAGGCUUUUACUCCGGACUUCUGGACAACAGAGACUCAGAAACAUCAGAAUGAACAAAGAGACUGCCAAAACCUCAUGACAGCUUUAAUGCAGAGACCCAAUAAACCUGACGGAGAUCACACACUACAAGUCAUACACAGCUGUACACUUAACGACGACAUGUCUACAUUUGAAUCGAAAUUUGGUUAUGACGGAGAAAAUGUACAGAAUGACGAUAAUUGGUUGACUGAGGGUAUUCAGGAAGCGAACGCUGUUUCCCUAAACAAUGAUAAUUGUAUUGAUCAGUUAAAUAACUUUGUGUUUUCUUGCAGUGAAGCUCUGGAGAGGAAAGUUCGUCCUACGGCGUCUGUCUUCCAGAAAAACACGUCUUCUCCACAAGUGGUGUGUCAUGCGACAGGAUUCUUCCCCAAAGAUCUCAUUUGCUCUUGGCAGAAGGACGGAAUGGACGUACAUGAGGACGUGGAACUGAGCGAGACGUUACCCAACGGGGAUGGAACCUUCCAGAAGAGGAGCAUUCUGAAAGUCUCCGCUGAGGAGCUGCAGAAACACACCUACAAAUGUGUGAUUCAGCACAGCAGCUUGAAGAAGGAGAUGGUGCUCAAAGUACCAAAAGGUCUAGGAUCAGCUGGAGCAGUGAACGCUGUCUAUCCUGUUGUCUUUGCUCCUUUGGUUUUAUUCUGUGGAUAUUUGACCUGGACGAGGGUUAAGGGGAGCAUGGGGACAGCGAUGGAGAUGCUACGACUAAACCCUUUACGCAGAAGAAAUUAGCAGAACACGGUAACAGUUUGUGAUGGAGAAGUGUAUCCAAUUAGUAUUUUAUAUCCCUAAUACAAAAUAACUAAAUGUACAUUACACAAUAUAUAGAGUGAAAAUAAAUGUAUGCAUAACAGGACUAUUAUUAAUCCCUAUAUAACUAUUAUUAAUCAUUGAGGUAACAAAUCAUCAGCUUUCAGUUCGACUAACAACGAGAUUAACAGCUAAAAUCAUGCUGUCCCUGAAGGUUUGAAUCCAUCUUUAUUGAAUAACUGCUGUUUCCCAAUGGACUAAACAUUGAAUUAGUAUUGGAGACAAUAUUUCCGCCCUGAUUUAGAAGUCUGUCUGCCCAGGAAACAUAUUGUGCGGCUGGUUUUCAAAGACUUUCCGAAUACCAGGGCGGAGGACAAAAACUGAGCACAAAACCACAAAACUCUUGUAUCUCGCAAGACAAACUUAAGAAUCUGUGAAAAUCUUGGAAGGUAGUGAAAAGGUAGCUUCAUUUAAUGCCAUUUAGCACUUUCUCUCUCUCUUUCUUUCUCUCUAUCUGAAGAGUUACAGCUAACAAUAACAUUUUAAAAAUCCAAAUUGUUUAUUAAGCGAAAAUUGUACGUUUUUUUAUGUAAAAACUUUGCGAUGUUUUUGGGAGUCUUUCUACUUGUAAUGCACUUAAUACUUGACAUUUUAUUUGAACCCCACUGACAAAUUCUGCAGUAAAACACACUGGCAGGAAGUUUUAUUCAUGCAAGUGUAUAAAAAAAUGGAGAUAAAUGUUGUCACAUUUGAUUAAUGGAAGGCUGACUGACAUAUUCUGUUAUGCAUACCUGAAAUUUCCAGCUGUAAUGGAGAUGUUUGUAUUAAUAAAAAUU